GCCAUGACCGGCAAAACACAGACUAGCAAUGUUACCAAUAAGAAUGACCCCAAGUCAAUCAACUCCAGAGUCUUCAUUGGCAAUCUGAACACAGCCAUUGUCAAAAAAGGUGACAUAGAGGCAAUCUUUGCAAAGUACGGAAAAAUAGUUGGCUGCUCAGUGCACAAAGGCUAUGCAUUUGUACAGUAUAUGAGUGAGAGGCAUGCGAGGGCUGCGGUGGCAGGAGAGAAUGCCAGGAUCAUUGCAGGACAACCACUUGAUAUCAACAUGGCAGGAGAACCAAAACCAUACAGACCAAAACCUGGAAACAAGCGGCCACUUUCAGCUCUUUACAGACUUGAUUCAAAGGAACCUUUCCUGUCUGUUGGAGGUUAUGUCUUUGAUUAUGAUUACUACAGAGAUGAUUUCUACAAUCGAUUGUUUGAUUACCACGGUCGUGUCCCACCACCACCUCGUGCAGUGAUACCACUGAAGCGCCCUCGUGUGGCCAUGACAGCAACUCGUAGAGGGAAAGGGGUUUUUUCCAUGAAAGGGGGAUCGCGAUCAACGUCUAGUGGGGCAUCUUCUUCUGGAUCCAAAUUGAAAUCAGAUGAGUUGCAAACAAUCAAGAAGGAAUUAACCCAAAUCAAAACAAAAAUUGAUUCCUUGCUAGGGAGACUGGAGAAGAUUGAAAAACAGCAGAAGGCUGAAGCAGGGUAUGCUUUCCUUACAGAAGCUCAAAAGAAGCAAAUGGAAGAUAAUGCUGAGUUGAUCCAAGAGGAAUGCAUAUCAGAGAAUGCAGAUAACUCUACAGAAGAGCCUAUUGAAGUAGGGCCAGAUGCAGAUGGGGAUGGAGAAGAGAUGACUGAUGGAAUAGAGGAGGAUUUUGAUGAGGAUUGCAGCAAUGAGCUGUUUCUACAGAUCAAGUGAUGAGGUGUCAUGUGUGAGCCCCUUGGAGGCUGAGAAGAGAAACUGUGACUUCCCCUUUCCACUCCCCCACAGAAAUGUGAACUGCGGUUUCUUACUGGCUAGCAACACCUUUGAUUCAAUUUGUAUGAAAACUCACUUUACUUAUUAAA